AUGACAGUGCGCCAGCCAUGGUCUCCAAGCAAGGUGGCUUCACCUCCCUCAGGCCACAUCCAGGUAGAGAAAAUAGAGUUGGAGAAGCUGGAUGCUGCCAUGAAUGUGUUGGCGAACUUGCUGAUAGAGUUGGAAUUGGACAUGCAAGAUCAUCCUGCCUCAGUGGCUCCAAAGCGAGACAUGAGCUCCAAAACUUGCAAGAUGGAUGCGACAUUGAUGGCUUUGACUCAGAAUCUAGCAGAGCUUGAGCAAGACCUGAGAAGGACACCCAAUGAGGACCCCAAAGUCCCAGGUGACCUGGCCAGCACACGGCGUGCCAUCCAGGAGAACGAUUUAGCUGCCAGUGAGAAGAAGGAGGUCUUUGCAAAAGUCCUAUCCAGCGCUCCGUUGCAGCCGAUCAUUUAUCAGAGGGCGCCCUCACCGAGUGGGUGGAACGGCGCCGUGAGGUUUGUACCAUCACCUCGCCACAGCAGUCCACCGCUGUCGCAACCGUCGCAAGCUGCCGGUGGGCCUCCGCGGGUGCAGCAGCCACAGCGGCCGAUGACGCAGCCGGUCCAGGGAGUGCCACAUCCACAAGCGAUGCAGGUGGACAAGGACGGGAACUUGCCAAAGCAGCUGUCUUCUGCGCAAGCCAUGGCCAAUGCUGCCAUGAAUGCUACAGCCAAUCUGACACCAGGUAUCUCUACGGCGCCUGUAUUGGGCCUGGGCCGAUCGGCGAGCCCUGGAGGCAGACCAGCUCCACCACCACCUAUGGUUCCACCGUCCAGUUGUUGGAGGUCUCCGUCGGAAGGCCAUGUGCACGGCGUAGGCUUGCGAGAGCGACCAGCUGCACAGUCACCCAUGAGGAGGGAAGGCUGGCAGUCGCCGGCGCCACGAGGCAUGCCUUCGCCCAGACAGAGUGGCCUCAACCGCACGCCAGGUUUUGGAAGAACUACAGCAUCGCCUUUGUCUGCUGCUGGUCGAUCGCCCUCCGAAGGCCGCGUGCCAAGCGGGCCCGGAGGCCUUCCUGGCUGGACCGCUGGUGGAGGCUCCUGUGCCAGGAGAGACGGGUCGAGACCGGCCCCGCAUUCAUUCAAUUUAUGCCGGUCCUCAACUUCCAUGAGCAGCCACAAUGCAUCCUUCUAUGCACCUCAGAGUGCCAUGGGAGGUGGCGGCUUCAGCACCACACCCGUUCCCGCAGCCUCCUACAUCGUCGACAUCGCAGACCCUGUGGAUCAGAUGCUGGGCAGCGCUUUGCGUACCUUGGAUGCGGCCGCUGCAUCCAAGCUCAUGCUUCGUCGUUUGGCGCCGGGGCGCUACGAGAUUGACGGACGGAAGGUCUCGGUGCGCUGGUCCGAGCAAGGAGGUCUCAUGGUCAUCGAGGAUGAGGUUCGUGGGUCGCCGAUGCCGCUGCCGGCCUAUUUGGGCCAAGCUGGCAAUGUGGUGGCCUCCCUUACCGGUCACAGAGCGGACAUGCCAAAGAUUACGCGUGUGCCAAAGAGUCAAAGGUUGACCUUUGACGAUGCCAAGGCCGAGAAAAACUUGGCUGCCCAGAUCGAGAAGUUGGGCAGUGAGCGUUGCGAGUCCAUGCGUUUGGCCGUGGAGCAGGCUCGGCUUCGAGAGGAGGCUGCCGAGGCUUACGAGAAGCUCACUCAAGGAUUCGCUCCCAGCCGCAUGUUGCGACCAUCGCCGGUUCGCACAAGCUUGUGA